AUGAAAUUUUAUAACUUGAAUAGUUUUGGCAAAUUUAUUCCAACUCACAAUCUCCAUUCGAUGAGCUCGGCUUUCUGCAAAGCUCCUGUUCGAACAUGGAUGAGUACUGCUGGCAUUGAGAAAUCACACUGCGCAAUCGUAUUUCCUGGCCAAGGGGCACAAUAUGUUGGAAUGGGGAAAGAUCUGUAUGCUACUUUCGCAUCUGCACGCAAAGUGUUCGAUGAAGCGGAUGAUGCUUUGGGUGGUGGCCUUAAAAAGCUAGCUUUUGAGGGACAGCAGGAAAAGCUAAAGUUAACUGAGAAUGCCCAACCAGCUAUCUUGACUACAUCAAUGGCUAUUCUACGUGUGUUAGAGGAGGAAUUUGGCUUCGAUAUUGGUUCGGCUUGUUCCUAUGCACUAGGACAUUCGCUUGGUGAAUACUCAGCAUUAGUCGCGACGAAAUCGCUGUCUUUAUAUGAUGCAGUCAAGCUUGUCAGGUUACGUGGAGAAUCUAUUGCAAAGGCAGUUGCACAACAUAAAGUUAGUACAGCCAUAUCAGCCCUUGUAGUAAGUGGAAACAAUCUAGAUAAACUUGAGGAAUUAAUGGAAGAAAUACGCGCCAACUUACCUGAAGGCGAGUUGGUAGAAUUGGCCAAUAUUAAUAGCUCUUUUCAGGUAGUGAUCAGCGGAACGACCCGUGGAGUUGAUGAUGCAUCACGCAUUUUGCAAUCGAAGCAAAUAGCUGCGCGUGCUGUUGACCUUCCUGUAUCAGCUCCAUUUCACUGUGUCCUUAUGCAGCCAGCCGCUGAUCUAAUGGCGGACGCUCUUAGGGAAACCAAAUUCGGACAACCAAUUGUCCCGAUAAUAUCCAACGUCACGGCCAAACCAAUAACUUCCACCGCCGAGAUACCUUCGUUAUUGGUUCAGCAAAUUACUGCGACUGUUCAAUGGCAGAAAAGUAUUAAAUAUUGUAAAGAACGUGACAUAGACAGCUUUAUUGCUUUUGGUCCCGGGAAGGUAUUGGCAAAUCUUCUCAGGAAAGAAUAUCCUAUGGAUCACGUUCGGUAA